UCAGUCAGUCAGUAAGUCUGUCUGUGUGUCAGUCAUUGAGUCAGGCAGGCAGGCAGUCAGUAAGUGGAAGGGAAGCGAAGCGAAGCGAAGGGAAGGGAAGAACGCGGGCGAGAGAGAGAGAGAGUGAGUGGGUGAGUGAGUGAGUGAGUGAUGAAGUGAGAGCAUUACAUAUCAAUUCGCAAGCCCUAUGUGGAUCUCUUGACGUUGUGUUAAUGCGUGGUGGUGUGGUCGUGGCCUUGUGGGGUUUUGCUGCUUCGACGUCGGAGGCGGAGAGAGGGAGGAGGGUCACACACAGAUGAAACAAGGCGGAGAGGAUCGCAUACAGAUGACAGUGGGGUUGCAAUGAGAGAUGAGGCUAGGAACAAUGCAGCGGCAAGCGGGGGAUGCAGUGUGCGCAUGUGGGGCUACCUGCCUGCGGCUUCCCCUCAGCGGGCGCCGCUGUUGCAGCCUACACCGGUGCCCGUUACGCCUCUCAAUGAUCCGCUCAAGACGGUAUGCAAUGGCGGGUGCGGCUUUGGGAUAGCCAUCUCUGAAUCGGGUAAGCUCAAUACAUGGGGUUCUACUACCGAGCUUGGACAGUGCUACCUAAUAUCUGGCAAACAGCAGCAUAAGGAGAAGUGAAGGUGGAUCAGCGAGGGAUUACUAUAUUGAGGCAACGUACUGCAUUAUUGCGACAGUGGUGAAAGCAUAAGAGAUCAGAAGGGGAAAACUCACAUUGCGGUUGUUCAUGGAUGCCCAGGAACUUCCUGAGCCAUACCCACUACCCACGGAAUCCCCUAUUGUUCAAGCAGCUGGAGGUUGGGCACACUGUGCUGCUGUUACGGUACACAUGCACAGGAGGUGGUGAAGUUUUCACCUGGGGCUGGAGCGAAUGCGUUCCAAGCAUACAACCCACUCCGGACGAGAGUGAACAAGUGCAGGGGGAUGACGCAUCUGCAUGUGCUCCAAGCACAAGCUUACAAUCGUCUCCAAGAAACAAUGCGGGUGCUUCUCACACUAAACCAUCUUCGCAUGCUCCCCCUUUGCGUAAUAGUGGGGCCUUACCAGGCAAGCAGAGUGGCCGACAAACCCAUCGAAAUCUGACGUGCAAAACCACUGAUAGCAAGGGUGCUGAGGAAAUUCUCAAGAAAAGAAAAAUUGUCAGCUUUGAACAUGGAGAAUCUCCCGAAAGUCCUACUGCAGCUGAAGAGAAUGUUUUUGCUCCACCGUGUUUGGUCAACUUGGAUCCUGGAAUCAGGAUUAGUAUAGUUGCUGCAGGUGGACGUCAUACGUUGGCUUUAUCAGAUGUGGGUCACGUUUGGGGUUGGGGUUAUGGAGGUGAGGGCCAACUUGGGUUGGGCACCCGCAUGCGGAUUGUAUCAUCCCCGCAACUCAUUCCGUGUUUCAAUUCACCAGAGAAUGGCAUUAGUAGUAGUGGAGCUCCUAUUCCUGGGAGUUCCAUAAAAGCAAUCGCUUGUGGAGGCCGCCACAGUGCCAUCGUUACAGAUGCUGGAGCUUUGUUGACCUUUGGGUGGGGUCUAUAUGGUCAGCAGGUCGGUCAAGGCAGUAAUGAAGAUGAGCUGAGCCCUUGUCUUGUUUCAGCGAUGGGAGGACUUCAGGUCACAGGGAUAGCAGCAGGCUUGUGGCACACUCUUUGCAUUACUGAUAUUGGAGAUGUAUAUGCUUUUGGCGGCAAUCAAUUCGGUCAACUUGGUGUGGGUGGAAACUCUGCAGAGAUGUCUCCACGAUUGAUCGAUGCACCACUUUUGGAAGAUGAAUCGUGUGUGGCAGUUGCAUGUGGUGCUCGCCAUAGCGUAGUUUUAACGGGUUCAGGAAAAAUUUUCGCUUGGGGUUGGAACAAGUAUGGUCAGUUGGGUUUGGGUGACAACAAUAACAGAGAUCUGCCGGUGCAAGUAACUAUGAAUGAUGGUGGGCGUGCAGCCAAUAUUGCCUGUGGGUGGUGGCACACGCUGGCUACGGUUCAUAUCAAGUGAUUUUACAGCAUCAAAGGAGUCUCAUGCAAUCUGGCUACUUGAACAUGUUUUUCCUCUGUGUUUGCAUGGAGUUGAUGAGAGCUUUUUUUACUGGCUAGUUCUUGCAGCUAGUAUUUCUCUUUUCCAAAUAAGCUGCUCACAAGAGAAUUAUAUGAAGUUGUCUCUGAAGUAACAAGUGGGCAUUGGAUUUCAUCUGCUGUUCACAUGUUUCCCAAGUACCUUGUGUUUCGAAUAUAUGGAUGGGUCAAUAUUGCAGUCGAAUAUUUUUCUUUUCAAA